AAAAGAAGACACACACGGCAGAGAGUUUUUACAAACUCCAAAAUCUCACUCAAAUUUCGAUCGAAUCCCUCAACUUUGCCAAAUGGGUUCGUACAGACACUUGCAGUUGCAGGCUUUUUUCACAGCCGUCUUUACUAUUAUUAUUAUUACUUCCAUGCACAAAAGAUGUGCCUCGAGAGAGCUCAGACGCCUCCACCCUCUUCUACUUUUCACUCAUAGCCUGUGACAAUAAUGGCUCUCUUUUUAGCCUUAUUAUCACUCUUUUCUCUUACCCUUUAAGCCUCAUUUAAUCCCUGCAACCACAGUAUGAUACAUACAUUUAUGUACCCUGCCGAUCUUGCAGAACCUACUUGGCUACUUCCCUUAGCUUUCUUUUUUUUUUUUUUUUUGGCUUGUUUCUGGGUAGUAAUUAUCUUUGUCAGAGACCCGAAUUACAGCCUCUGCCAGAGACUUUUUGUAUACCUUUCACACCUAACAUCAUUUGCUGCUGUUCUUGUUUGUUACUUAGUAUUACUGCUACUUCUUUGUUACUACUACCAAGUACUUGAAGUAGCGCUGCUUAUUACUACUUCAAGUAGUGACAGUUGUUGCUCUGUCUAAUUGUUUUUGUUUUUGUUUUUUCACUCUGGUUUGAGUUUUGGGUUAUUUUAGAACUGAGAAUUGAUUUUAACUUUGUGGGCAAAUGGCUGCUCCGUCGGGUUCCUCUUCGUCGGUGCCGUCGCUGCCCCCACCACGUCCAAAGUCGCCGCCGCAGUAUCCAGAUUUAUAUGGGAAGCGCCGUGAAAUGGCUAAGGUCCAGAUGCUCGAAAGAGAGAUUGGUUUUCUUGAGGAGGAAUUAAAAUCCGUUGGAAGCCUUCAACCUGCUUCUAGAUGCUGCAAAGAGAUUGCUGAUUAUGUGGUGGCAAACUCGGAUCCUUUUUUACCUACAAUUCGGAAGAGUCGUCGGUCCUGUCGCUUUUGGAAAUGGCUCUGUAAAAUGCCCUGUUUUAACCUCUCUUGGAUCUGCUGUUGCUGCUGUUCUGGGUGCUCCCUUCAUCUAGAAAUGCCACGCUGCUGCCGUGACUGCAAUCCAUGUAACUGCGGUUCCUGUGGCUGCUGUGACUGCAAUCCAUGUAACUGCGGUUCCAGUGCCUGCAACCCAUGUGACUGCAACCCAUGUGACUGCAACCCAUGUAAUUGCGGUUCCUGUGCCUGCUGUGACUGCAACCCAUGUAACUGCGGUUCCUGUGUCUGCAGUGACUGCAAUCCAUGUAACUGUGGUUCCUGUAUUAGUUGUCAUUUUCCAAAGUGGGGGUGUUGCUCUUGCCCCCGAUCACGUUGCUGUAGAAAAGUCUCAUGCAGCAGAAAGUGUUGCACUCUUCCUUCUCCUUCAUGCCCAGAUUGCUCUUGCUGCAUAUGGAGAUGCUCACGUCCUAAAUGUCCAAAGGUACGCCCUUGCUGCUGUUGUACAAAAAUCUGUUGUAACCCUUGCUAUCUAUGUUACUAGCAUAUUCAAGCAAUCCCAUCUGAAGCUUUGUUCUCCAACAUGCCAUUUUAUUUUAAAUGCUGUAUAAAGUUUGGAAAUAUAGAGCGCUAUAAGAUAGUAUCUUCAUAUU